GUGGGGCCGCCUUGAGGUGGUAGAGGAACGCCAGGUGGAGAUUCAGUUUCUGUCAGUUGUUCGGACUGACGUAAUGCACUGGAAGCAUAUUGCAUUGAUGUGGUGUGGUCGACGGAUGAUCGAUUGGUUCACGGCUGGCGCUUGUGACCUAGUUUAUUGCUGCAACCAAUUCCCAUCGAGGGCUUCUAGUUUGGGUGUGUUUAUCGAUUGCGGGAUCGCCCCUGGAUUGUUGUUCACCCAGGGCCGAGGUCAGUAAUGGACAGUUAACGCUUGCAGUGGAUUGCUGUCUUUUAUAAUCUUGUGGCAAGGCUUUCCUUGGCCUGGCUUGGCUUUAAUCUGCUUCAGCUUUCUUGUGGACGGAUGUAGAUCCAGUGGGAUGUGGUGCGAAGAGUGAUGUCGUUUGAUUGCGUCAGGACGUGGAGUGAUCACUAAUUCAGAGCACGGAGCGAUUCCUGCUCAUCGAAUCGAUGACUGUGGUUAUUAUGGCGAACGCUGUCGAGGUCUAUGGCAGUUAGCGCCAAUGCUGUUUGACUCGGGGUAGGUGGUUGGGAUCUUCACGCUUCCCGGCAGAACUCCAGAACCAAUGCUACCAAUCAGUGCCGUGAAAUGAAUUAGUACUUCUUACGCGCAAAUUCAGCCUCCUCUCGUGGCUCUAAGUGAUGAGUGAGCCUCCAUUCGAAUUGCAAGCUCUGGUGGCACUCGUGCUGCUAUGAAUGCGCUGGGGUUAAUACUCACAUUCUCGAGCGGCGUCGUAACCACACCGACAGAGACUGGAGCGAGUGGGAGUGGGGGUAGCCACGAAAGGGAUUUUCAUAAUCGAUCACAUUACGCAAGGGAUUACUGUGGGUUUGCGGGAACACGUUCCAGAGUCUCUCGUUUAAGCUACGAUUCUGCCGUCAAAUCUGCGCGAUUAUCUCGUUUGUGGGCUCCAUCAGCUCAAACGUGAGCAUUGUGACGGCAGAAUUGAGUUGUGAAAUCUCACACUAUCCCGCCCGCCCACGAAUUUGAGUGACCUUCUUACGAAGAGUACCGACAGAGCAGUGCGCAAGAGGGAGCUUGCAUGAGAAAUGAAUCGUCGCGGUUACGCCGCGGCGCCUAGUAGGUGUCGAUCUGUCAUUCACUGUUAGCGUUCAUGUCUGCAAAGAAAAGGCAGGAAUGAGUGCGGAGGACGAUUAGUACGAGGAGGAGCGGCUCUUAUCGAGACUGCUGAUGGUUGGCAUUGAGGGGCGUGUUUGGUAACUUACGACAGAACUGCUGCUAAGAGUUUUGGGACCCACCGAGGUGCCGCAGAAAGAGCGCCUCAAUUCUCGCCCACCUAGACUUCAAGCAACUCUCCUUCUUCUUUGUCUGCUCCUCGGUCAUCACACGUACUCUCUCCAACCAUCAUGCUCAAUUAGUGAUUCCACCGCAGACCAUCCUCCGGCAAGUGCCUCAAGUGGGCUCAUUCGUGCCCGGAUUGUCGAGCUCCAGUUUCACUACCGGUGACUACUGUUUUGUGCAGGAAGAGUGUUUGGAGCGUUGUUGUGAGUAAUGGGUAUGGUAGGAGUGGUGACGUACGAGUAGGGUUGCAGCUGUUGUGGUAUUUUUUUUUCCAGAGAUGAAGGAUCAGCUCGCAGGAGGUGAGAGGGGGCGAGAGAUAGAGAGAGCUGAGAGGUCGGGUUCCACAAGCAUGAUAGACGGUAGUGAAUGUGUGGAGAGGGCAGGGACGGAGCUAGAUUGGGAGGGGAGGGCGACGGAUCAGGUGAAGAGAAGCGCGGAUCAGGAGCGGGGGAUGGAUCUUGAGGGGGAGGAUAUGGAACGAGGAGCAAGUUCCGUUGCCGACAAUGCGUGUAAGAGUGGCGUCAGUGGUGGGAAGAAGACGGAGGACGAUAAUUUGGGAGGUUCCGCAGUUGAUGGUAUGGACAUUGAUCAGCCAGGUGAAGGCGAUAUCAGUGUAGUGGUGAAAGGCGAGCUCGGUGAAGUGAUUGAGAGAGAGUCUGGCACUGAAGACUACUACCUCAAGGCUGAGGUGAGCAGUUCUAGGGGCAAUGCGAGCAACACCAACCAUUCCACACAUGAGGGCUCUCUGGAUCAUCCACUCUCGCGCCUCCGCCGGAGCGACGCACUUUGCUCCCGUAUUCGGAGAGUGAGCACGGCAAAGACGCGGUCUAGUUCUCUUACAUCCCAAAGAUCAUCGGCCAAGUUGGAUCCUCACACUGGAGCUACUCCGGAUUUGAAGGUCGAUAAAGACGCGAGGGGGAUUAGGAAGAGAGUUGAGGAUAGGGAGGAGCUGAGACGGUCGUCAAGUUCGGAGGAGUUGCAUGGUGAUGAGGAUGGAGACGGAGACGAGGUAGAUGCCACGCAGUACAGGUGUGGGAUUUGCAAUGAGGAGUUUAGCAGUGCAAAAUCUUUGAAUUUCCACAAGUGUCACCCCCAGUAUACGUUGAGGCGCAAUCCGAAGCGAAGUAGGAAGCUGAUUGACCAGGAGGUUGGGAAAGAAGCAGGAGCAGUGACGACAAUAGUGCAAGUUUCGGCAAUCACGAAGAAGACGAGUUCGAUGACUGAGGACUUUCCCAAGUCCUGCACCGAAUGUGGGAAGGAAUUCUUGUCUUGGAAGGCUUUGUUUGGGCAUAUGAGGUGCCAUCCAGAGCGCGAGUGGCGUGGGAUCCAGCCUCCAGCUGAGGAGAGCAAUGCCCGGGGCCAGGGUAGCGGUGGGAAUCAUUCCAGUUCCAGGAGGAGGAGACCGGCUCCAGUGCUCCAUGUCCAUCCGCCACCUGCGCCGGCUCGGGAGGACAAUGUCGAGAUAUCUGCAUCCUUGAAUUCAAGGCGCGUCACGCAUGUAUGGAGCAAGGCAUCCGACGAUGAGAGUGACACGGAGAGCAUUGAGGCAGCGUACAUGUCCAAUGGCGACCGGGACAUGGGCUAUGGAACCACAUGGUCGACGCGGUCGAAGCGGUCGCGUCAAACGCAUCGCUCUCUGGACGCUGUGAGCAACGCGAAGAAGGAAUGGGUCCCCAGUAGCCAGGGCAAUAUUGCGGCGGAGUCCACGGACAUGGCUGAGACGCUCAUGUUGCUUCAAUGCAACCCAAACAUGGAGAAGCUGGUGCUCAUGUCGACGCCAGAGUCCCAUGGCAGCAAAUCGCGGACACCCGAAUUUGGGGUGGAAUCUGAGACAGAAGACGUGAAUCUAAGAGAUGCAAAAACCGAAGCAGCCAGCCCAUGUGAGGAUACUGAAGAAUGCGUCGAUGAAUUUGAAGCUGGGGAGCAAGGCACCAGCACACGACCAAAGUACGAAUGUGCAACGUGCAAGAGGCAAUUCAAAUCUCACCAAGCGCUGGGAGGCCAUAGAGCCAGCCACAAGAAGGUGAAGGGGUGCUUCGCUCGCACCAACCCUGACGAUGGCGGAGCACUAGACCACAGCAUGGACACUUCCAUGGAUGCGGAUGAUGAUUCGGAGCAACACAAUGCCAAGUUUGAGGAGAAGCUGCUCCAGGAGCUCCCAGAGACUUCCCUCACCAGUCUAGAGGAAGACAAGGCGAUCAGGGCUGACAACGAGGAGAUGCCGACCACGGCCCGCAAGAACAAGUCCCACGAGUGCUCCAUUUGUCACCGCGUUUUCAACUCUGGGCAAGCUUUGGGCGGCCACAAGAGGUGCCAUUGGGGUGGUGGAGGUGCAGCGGGCGAGGUCACGAGUGCCAAGGCAGUUCAAGGUCAAGGUGUGCAAGGGGGGCAACCGAGCCGGCCCGUGAAAGAGGCAGUGCUGGACUUGAAUUUGCCAGCUCCUGAGUAUCUUGAGGAGAUGAUGGCCCAAGGAGAAGCGGAGGCAGGAUCAUUGCAGCUGCUGAACUACUUGCCAGCAGCAGCAGCAGCCAGUUUGAGCCUGCACCCCGUCUACGCAUAAUUCUGCAUGCUGCAUCAUUGUACAGGCUUUAGCUAGCACGCAUUCACGAUGUGGGAUCCGUUUCAUUUCAGCGCAGCAGCUGAAAGAGGAGGCUUUCCGUCAACGUGCUCGCUAGAUUUGCGGAUCGUGCGGUGUGUCUGAUUUCAUCACUUGAUGAAUCUCUCGUUGAAUCUGUGUUGGGAGGUUUCGAGAUCUCUCAGAUUGUGAUACCAAGAGCUCACACAAAAGUGAGCCAGCGCCUUGAUGGUUACUUUCAUGCUCACGGUACUAGAAUGAGCACAACAUGGCGGAAUUGACAUUAAAAGUAACCUCAAGUCUCGGUGCUUUGUGCCCAUGGGUGGUUCUUGGUAGAAAGGCAUCCCAGUAGCAGCCGCAUUAUGCUGGCUUUGUGCUUCUUUUCUUUUCUUUUUCCUGGUUUUUCUCCCUUUUUUUCCACAUGUGUAUGAUCGAUUUUUUAAAGAAAAGGCACUGUUCAUUUCAGAAUAUCAA